AUUGAUGUAUAUUUGGUUGCAUACAUUAUAUUUUGUUUGGUUAGAAUUUUCCAAGAAUUUUCUAACUAAAUUAGAAAUUAUUUCAAAAUUUUCAAAGCAGAUAAUUUAAAGUGGACGGAUAAGGUAUUUAUAAAAUACAGCCAUGCCAGAGAAAAACGCUAUCGUGCUAUUGGCAGAAAUACGAGACCUUAAACAACAGCUAAAGGAAAAAGAACAGGAAUUAUCAGCAUUACUAGCAACUCAGAAAGAUUCUGUUUUGGAAAAUAAGUACUGUAACAAUGCUUUGUCCGCUGAAGAAAUUACUCGGUACAGUAGACAGGUACUUGUGCCAGAAAUAGGUAUAGACGGACAAGCUUUACUAAGAAAUGCAAAGGUACUAGUAGUAGGUGCAGGAGGUCUCGGAUGCCCUGCAAGCGUGUAUCUGGCAAGUUCUGGAGUAGGUCAACUAACAAUAGUUGAUUAUGAUGAAGUGGAGCUUUCAAAUUUACACAGACAGAUAUUGCACAGUGAAGAUGAUAUAAAUCGACCGAAAGUUGAGUCUGCUUACGAUAAAUUACACAGUAUAAACAGAUCUAUAAAAGUUAUACCUUUAAAGUUACACGUAGACAGUGAUUCAAUAAAGAAACUACUUGGCAGCAACAAAUAUGAUGUUGUGGUUGAUGGAACUGAUAAUGUAGCCACGAGGUAUCUUCUUAAUGAUGCCUGUGUCUUGAACGGGAUACCUUUGGUAUCGGGAAGUGCAUUGCAACUCGAAGGUCAAUUGACAGUUUACAAUUACAAAGGGGGUCCAUGUUAUAGGUGUCUGUUUCCAGUGCCUCCUCCUCCGGAAACUGUGACGAGUUGUGGAGAUGGUGGAGUGUUAGGCCCUGUCCCCGGUAUAAUAGGGGUGUUACAAGCCUUAGAAACAAUUAAAAUCAUCACAAAUUCGCCCGGAGUACUAUCCGGAAGACUUCUUUUGUUUGACGGUUCCAGGACCAAAUUCCGGGACAUAAAACUAAGACCUAGAAACACGGAAUGUAACAUGUGUGGUGAUGAUCCAGUUAUCAAAGAUUUGGUAGAUUAUGAACAGUUUUGUGGCGCAGCUGCUCACGAUAAAGUUAUUAAUAUAGAUAUUUUGGAAAAUAAAGAGCACGUUAAUGUCGAGGAAUUUUCUAAAAAGUUAGGAAAGCGUUUGGUGCUUGAUGUAAGGCCUGUUAUACAAUUUCAAAUGUGUGGGCUUCCUAAAUCGUAUAAUUUUCCGUAUGACUGCAUAGACAAACAGGAAAAUUUGGAAAAAUUGCGACAUCUAAUAAAAGAGGAAAAUUCUGACUUAAAAGAUGUGUAUGUUAUAUGUCGAAGAGGUAAUGAUUCACAAAGGGCAGUGAGGAAACUCAAAGAAAACUUGAGUGAUUUGCCAGUGAAGUUUUUCAGUGUCAAAGGGGGUUUGCAGGAAUUUUCCAGAAAAAUUGAUCCUGAUUUUCCAGUGUUUUAGACACUUUUAUGGCAUUUUUGUACUUAUUUGUGCACUUGCUUUACGUCGUGUACUUAUUUGUGCUUUCAAAUAUUUUUCUGUAUUUUUUUAAUAAAUUUUUAACGUAAUUUUUCCAAAAAAUUAUUCAUUUAAGUAAAUUCCUUCACCAUUUUGUCAAGAAAUCAUAUAUUAGAAUAAAAUUAUUUUAAAA